GCUUACUUGGCUCUGACUUGGGCACAGGGGUGGGCCGAUACACACACGAAGACACUGCUCGCUCAAUGAUGCUGUUCGAUACUGUCUGCCUAACUGAUGAGCGGAACAGACCCUGUGGAUGAAAGAGUUGACGAUAGGAGACUGACACGUUCAAGGGCCCUUAGGGUCCUGCACGUGUACCAGGCCCUACAACUGGGAGACGAAAGACGGCUUCAGGCCGACCGUAGAGCCCGUGCACUAGCAGCAGUUAGGGCAACAGCCAACGUUGCAACUAGGGAACAGGCGGCAGCAGCAGCCAGGGCAGCCACCAUGUCUGGCGCAGCAGCAGCCGGGGCUGCAUCUUCGUUAGGAACUAAUGGGAACCAGUUGGGAAUGCCAACAAGUUCCACAAGUUCCACAGGCACUUCCGGUUCAACAGGUUUUAGACAGUCUUCUAGUCAAAUGGCGGGCUCGCAGUUCAGCCCGCUGACCUCACGUGAGAGGGAGCUCAGAGAGAUCCAGCAGGUCGAGAGGCUCCGCCGGAAGUUAGAGCAGGACCUGAAAGAUGCUACCGAUAGAGAAAAUGCGAUGAAAACUGGAGCAGCCAGGCUUGAAACUUUAGAGGCUGACAAGGUUGAACUAGAGGGCUUGGAUGAGUCAUUAAUGAAUGACCACAUGAAAGUGUUGAAGAAGAACAUGUUGUCGUUGCACGCACACAUGGACAGCAAGUUAGAAUUCAUGCAAAGCACUCUAGACCAAAUCCUGGACGCUGUGACAAGGCCAGGAUUCCGACCACCAGCACAAUCGUCGUUACCGUUGUCGGCGAUGUCAGGCCCCUUUCCAGUUCAAGCUGGUACACAACCUAGUGGUACGUCUGCAGCAGCCGCACAGACUGUUGCAUCUACUUCUUCGGGUCCAGCGGUGGGUGCUACACCACCGCAACAACAGGCUAGUCCUCAACAAGGACAGCCGCAAGGCCAAUGGUAUCCUAAGACCCCAAUGAAACCGCCUCUUGCCUUCUCAGGUGAGGGAAAGGGCGAAGAGCUCAACACUUGGUUGAGAAUAGUCCCGGUUUGGGUGAAGGCGAAGAGGACCUUGCUAGAGGACGAAGUGGUAACUGCAUCUUACCUCGAGGGUAAGGCAGUCAAAUGGUUAGAUGGUGUAGUUAUCAAGGCCGAGUAUGGGAGACGCAUGGCGGACUGGGCUAAGUCUCUAACGUUAGACCAGUUCAUGGAAAUGGUAGAAGCUCGAUGGCAUAACCCACAGGAGGCACAAAAGGUCAUUGAUGCCAUAAACAAACUGGACCAACGAAAGUUCAAAUCGGUUAGAGAGCUUACGACUACCGUUGAGAGCCUAAUCCUCGUCCCAGACAUUAACUACAGCGACCAGUUCCUAUUGACUACAUUUGUCAGUUGUCUCCCAGAGAACAUCAGGAACUUGCUGGCCAGUGAGGCACGCGUCGAGUAUCACUCGUUUGAGACAUUGUCUAGGAAAGCCUUAGAUUUGGAGGCCACGCUAGGCAAUGCUCAACCUACCUCUCAGAAUGACUCGAAGAAGAAGAAGAGUCCCCAGGAGUGGAAGAAGAAGGGGGCGAAGUUGAUGAUGGUUGAGUCCGAUGGGACUCAAACUGAGAUCGACGAACUCUCUGACUUGGUGGACUAUUCAGAGUAUGACGGCGAGGAGGUAGCUGAGGGUAGCACCCUCGCUGCAGUAGUAAAGGCUAAGGCCAGUGGCCGAGGGAAGGGCCAACCUAGGGGUCAAGGGAAGGCCGCCUCCAAUCAGACCAAGCAGGUUGAAUGGGUUAAGGCAGGUCUUGAUCAAGACGUGUGGCGUGAUCGCCGAACGCGUGGCGCUUGUAUCAACUGCGGGGAGUACGGACACUCGCAAUACAAGUGCCAGAACGCGAAGGUUACGCAGAAGGUAGCUCAAAAGAUGGGGGCAACCUACUCCCAGGCUUCUAGCUUGGGAAACGCUGAUGAGUGCGAGGGUGCUUUCAAGAGAUUGAAGCAUGCACUCAUGAAUCAUGAGGUUUUCAUGGUUCCCGAUCCUCAAAAGCCAUUCAUAGUGACCACUGACGCAAGCCAAUACGGCAUUGGCGCAGUGCUGGCUCAACAGAAUGGGAAAAAGUUGAGACCGAUUGAGUACAUGAGCAAGAAGAUGCCAUCAAAGAAGUUGGCAAAGUCCACCUAUGAAAGGGAACUCUAUGCUCUAUACAAAGCACUUGUCCAUUGGAGACACUUCCUAUUGGGAAGAUUCUUCUCCUUGAGGACUGAUCAUCAGACCCUCAAAUGGAUCAAGACUCAACCGGCUCUUUCUGAUGCACUCAAGCGAUGGAUUGAGGUCAUAGAUCAAUAUGACUUCAARCUURAGUAUCUGAAGGGGGAGUACAACAAGGUUGCAGAUGCGCCAUCCCGUAGAGCGGAUUACCUAGGUGCGCUAGUUUCUGACUUUGGCAUAUCUGACGAAAUAACUCAAUCGUUGGUGGGAGCCUAUCAGGAAGACCCUGUAACGAUGGACAUCAUUCGCAAACUUCAGGCAAAAGACAAGGCCACAGAAAGUGAGUUCGUGAUGGUGGACGGGCUUCUCUAUCUUGAUAAGGCCAGAAUAAAGAGACUAGUAGUUCCAUCUAGUGAACCGUUGUGUAGUUUGUUUUUAGGAGAAUGCCAUGACGCAACGGGACACUUUGGCUACAAGAAAACGAGUGUUAAUCUAGUACAGCGAUUUUGGUGGCCUGGGAUGUUCGAUGGCGCAAAGAAGUACGUAGAAACCUGUCAGGUCUGCCAGCGGGACAAGCUGCGAACUCAAGCACCGCUUGGGUUGCUUAAGCCCUUACCUAUUCCCGCUAGUCCAGGACAGAGUGUUUCCAUGGAUUUCAUGGACACCCUGGUAACUAGCAAGAGUGGUAAGAGGCACAUCUUCAUCAUCAUAGACCGAUUCACCAAAUACGCUAGACUAGUUGCCAUGCCAGAGAGUGCGAGGACUGACCACGUCAUUAAGUUGUUUAAGGACAACUGGGUGCGGGACUUUGGUUUACCAAAGACUAUCGUUAGUGAUAGAGACGUCCGAUUCACAAGUGAGCUAUGGAAGAAGACUGCGGAACAAAUGGGCAGUCAACUUCAGAUGACUUCAGGGAAUCAUCCCGAAGCCAACGGACAAGCCGAACAGAUGAAUWGAGUUGUACAGCACUUGCUGAGGCAUUACAUCAAGCCCAGCCAAGAUGAUUGGGAUAAGAAGUUGCCACUCAUCGCCAGUCUGUACAACAAUGUUGUGCACAGCAGCACCGGCGUGAGUCCUAACCAGCUACACUUGGGAUGGAAGCCUAGAUCCGCAUUAGACUUCCUCCUACCUGAAAACCGACCUGCUGCAACCCCAGGCACACUGGAGUAUGGUGUGCAAUAUGAGAAAUUGUUGCAAGAAGCUGUCGAGCACAUGAAGAAAGCUCAGCAAGCAAUGAUUGCUUCUGAGAAUCAACAUCGUAGACAGUCCACAUUUCAGGUAGGGGAACGUGUCUGGGUCAAGGCUAGUGAGCUAGGACAGGAAUUCAGAAUCUCUCGCAAACUAAUGCCUCAAUACUUUGGUCCCUGGGAAGUCCUAGAUAUAGUGGGAGAUGAGAUGGAUGGUCCUACUUAUGUCACUCGUGUCCCUGGACACCUACGCACUCACCCAGUCUUUCAUGCCUCAAAGCUUGCACCUUUCGCUGGGACUGAUCAAUUCCCUUCCAGGAGAUCGAUGCUGCCCCCAACCAUGGAUGGACAAGUCGACAUCGAUGACAUUGUGGAUCACCGGGACAUGCCUGUUGCAAAGCCGUUGGGUAUGCCUUGGUGUCCGAGCUGUCGGAGAUACUUCCACUCGGAAGGAGACCCCGAUUGUCAGGCAGUAAGGCGGAAACCCUACGCGGAAGUGGUCAAGCAGGACAGACGCCCUCCGCCAAAAGAAAAGGGUCAGGAGGGAGGAGACGGGGGAGGGAACAAAGGUGGUAUUGGAGGGGGAGAUGGGAAAGGAGGGAAUAAGAGUGUAGGAGCUGAUGGGGAAGGGAGGGGAGAAGGAGGCAAGAUGGUGGGUGACGAGGGGGGCGGUGGUCGAGAUAGAGAAAGGACGGGUGAUGGGAAGGACUCAACGGGGGGUAUUGGGGGAGAGAAAAGCGGGGAUGUGGAGAUGAAGGAAGGGGGGGGAAAGCGAAGAAAGGGGGGGGAAAGGCAGACGUGAAAGAAAAGAAAGGUUGUAAAGAGGUUGGGAGGGAGAAGAAGGAGGAAAAGGAGAAUGGGGGGCUGACGGAGGAGAAGGUAGAGGAGAGAGGCGAAAGAGCCGACAUAGAAGAAAAAGAGACCUCGUCACCAUAUCUGAGAAACAAGGGUUGCAGAAGGAUGGGAGUGGCCCUUCUGCAGAAGACUUAUCAGUAGAUAUUAGAACAGCCUAUAUGGAGAUGGAGGAAGAUAAGCAUUUGGUGAGGGAGAAAAGGAAGAGGUUUGACACCCAAGUAGAGGAAGAAGAAGACCCGUUCUCAGAUGAAGAGGUGAUUAGAGCUUAGAGC